UGUUAUAUUAUGUUGUUAUUUUUUGAUGAGCGAGUUGUAAUCUUAUAUUUAAAAAAUAUCUUUCAAGAACAGGAAUGUUUAUAAACAUUUAAAUAUAAUUUUUCAUUCUUUUUUAAAUUAUAAUAAAAUUAAAACAAUAGUUUAAAAUAAAAAAAUCCCAGAUAUUCUAGGGUAAAUACGUAUUUACUAAAAUGAUAGUUGAGACUAUUGAUUAACCAGCUGAUGUUUGCAAGGUUUAGCAAGCAGUAAUCUAACAAAAAAAAAAAAAAAAAACAUUGUAAACUCAUGGAUAUCGAAUACGUAUUUACAGUCUAAACUUUGUUUUACUUAAUAAAAAUAUUUAAAUCAGGUCAUUGAUAAAUAUAAAACAAAUGUUUAAUCAAUAAACAUUUGAUUUAAAACCAAGAAUUAUCGAGUAUUAUAUCAAAGUAAAAUGGAGAAAUCGACUGCUUCGGAUAUUGUGAUUGUAUCGGGAAACUCACAUCCUGAGCUUGCUGAAUUAAUUGCCAACCGACUUGGUGUGAAAAAUGGCGGGUGUUUUGUUUACUACAAAACAAAUCGAGAAACAAUGGUCGAAAUUGCUGAUUCUGUACGGGGAAAAGAUAUUUAUAUAAUUCAAACAGGCACUAAAGAUGUUAAUAACAACAUAAUGGAAUUAUUAAUAAUGGCAUACGCUUGUAAAACAUCGUCAGCUAAAAACAUUAUCGGUGUAAUUCCUUAUUUACCUUAUUCAAAACAAUGCAAAAUGCGUAAACGUGGUUGCAUUGUUUCUAAAUUACUUGCAAAAAUGAUGUGUAAAAGUGGUCUUACACAUAUCAUAACAAUGGACCUUCAUCAAAAAGAAAUUCAAGGAUUUUUUGAUUGUCCUGUCGAUAACUUGCGUGCUAGUCCAUUCCUUCUGCAGUAUAUUCAAGAAAGUGUACCAGAUUACCGUAAUUCUGUAAUAGUUGCAAAAAAUCCAGGAAGUGCGAAAAAAGCCACCAGUUAUGCCGAAAGACUUCGAGUUGGAAUAGCUGUUAUUCAUGGUGAACAACGAGAAUCUGAGUCUGAUAUGAAUGACGGACGUAAUUCGCCACCACCAACUGUACUGUUAUCGUCAAGAACUAUGGAAGUUGGUGUUGGUGUACCAUCUCAUCCAGCUAAAGAAAAACCACCAAUAAAUGUUGUUGGUGAUGUGAAUGGUCGUAUUGCCAUAAUGGUCGAUGAUAUGGUAGAUGAUGUUCAAUCAUUCGUUGCUGCAGCCGAAGUUUUAAAAGAACAAGGAGCUAAUAAAAUUUAUGUUCUUGCUACACAUGGACUCCUUAGUUCAGAUGCUCCAAGACUCAUUGACGAAUCACCUAUUGAUGAGGUUGUCGUUACUAAUACUAUUCCACAUGAAAUUCAAAAGAGCCAAUGCUCAAAAAUUAAAACCGUCGAUAUAAGUAUUCUAGUAGCCGAAGCUAUUCGUCGUAUUCAUAACAAAGAAUCAAUGUCUUAUCUGUUCAAAAAUGUCACUACUGAAGACUAAAUAUUUUAUUUGAUAUAAAAUAUUAAGUAUAAAGUCAAGAAAAGGAUCGUCGCCUUAAAUAAUGGAGAAUAAAAAAAAAUAAAUAAAUAACUUUAUUUGACAUAAAGUAAUGAAAGUUUUAUAAAUCUAAAAAAAUAAUAAUCAAUACAAAAUGGAAAUAUAUAUUAAAACAUACAACAGUUCCGUGUUAGGGACCAGAUCAGGGUUAUGUAUAUUCCUCAAUUUUUAUAUGAUAUUUUUAUAUAUUUUUUCGAUAAACAAUCACAAACAAGAAGAAAGAAUGAAUUUUUGAAACGAACUACUAUUAGACUUUUUUUUUUUUUUUAUUAAUUUAUAUUGCUAAGUAUACUAUUUUUUUUUCUUUUUUCGCUGUUUUACGAUAAUUGAAAUAUCAUAUUUCUUUAUAUUUAAGGGUAUUCUCAGAUAGUGCCCCCUACUUUUCAAAAAUGUUAAAUGUCUCAGUUUUCAUUACCGUAUUAAAAUUUUAUCAAUGAAUUAAAACAAAAUUAAUACUUUAAUUGAAAAAAAGACAACGUAGUAACAAUUUUGCUGAGAUGUAGAAUUUAAAACAAAUUACUUACAGCUGUUAUCGAUUAGGAGUUAAACAAAAUUUGUUUAAUAAAUUUUAACUUACAAAAUUUGAAAAUUUAAUUAUAAAAUUGACAUCAACAUUUUACUGAAAUUUAUUUUCCAAAUUUCGUUUAACUCCCCAUUGAUAUCAAUUGUAAGUAAUUUUUUUUUAAAUCUGUACUUCGGCGAAAUUAUACGUUGUCCUUUUUUCCAUUUAGGGUUUAAUUUUUUUUAAACAAUCGAUAAAAUUUUGAUACGCUUGACAAUUGAGUCAUUGAAAAUUUUUUAAAAGUUGAGGCACUGUCUGAGAAUAUCCUGAAUCUUCGUUUUUUUUCUAUAGUUUUUUUUUUUUUCUAUAAUAUUUAUUUAUUUUUUUUCGAAAAUCAUGUAAACUUUCUUUGUAAACUGAAGGUAUUAGAUAUUAAUAAUUCAACUAGUAUUUAAGUGUAGAAAUCUAUUGAUUUCUUCCAUUUUUACCUUUAAAUAAUAAUUGAUAUCAUUAUAUCUUUUAUGUUAUGAGUAUUAAAACAAAAAAAAAAAAAAGAGAAUAACUAUUAAGAAUAUAUUUAAAUAAGAAUAAUCAUGGCAUAUAUCACAUAAUAUUUCUAGAUGUAUAUCAAUAAUGUAGUUGAAGUUAUUGUGAAAAGUCCAAAUAAAUUGUGUGUC